AUGAUGCACCGGUAUGGAGAAACAAAUCGAUAUGCCAAGAUAGAGAUCCCGACGAACGACGGGCCGCGGAUUCCAAAACCUGCUAUAUUGGAACGGAUUCAGUAUGAACGUCACCAGUACAGCCCGCUAUACUGUGGGUUGCCAGCAACCACCCCGGUUGUGGGUGAAGGGAAGCCGGUCAGAUUAUUGGAGCUCCUGCCGCCUGAUCAGCCGGAUAGUGACAUGGUCUGCGGAAAGCUACAUGUGCAUUCUCUAGAUAAGGCGCCAGCGUACGAGGCAAUCUCGUAUGCAUGGGGAGUGGACAAAGCGCAAGACUUCCCACUCUUCAUCGCCGCCCCCGACUCUUCUCAAGGAAAGUCAGCAAAUCGUAAAGCGAUACAUAUUACACCACAGUUAUACGCGGCACUUCGGAGAAUACGCCAUCCUAGCCGGUCUCGAUUUGUCUGGGCCGACCAGAUCUGCAUCAAUCAGACGGACAAGGCAGAAAAGAGUCAGCAGGUCCGGCAGAUGGGUGAUAUCUACCGAAAGGCAACGGGCACACUCAUAUGGUUGGGUGAAGAGGAUAGUGACAAAGACAUCAUUGCAACAAUCCUUGAGAAACUCAGAUCCACACGAUCCAAAUCUGUGGUGGAAGACUGUGAAAUGAUCAGUAAGCUAAUUGAUAUCAAGGGGCCUACAGACCUGCCAGCUCCAGAGCAAUUGGGACGACACGCAGUUGAGCGGCUGUUGAAUCGAACGUGGUUCAGCAGAGUCUGGGUCUUCGAAGAAUCCGUUGUCUCAAAGGGAGUUGAAGUCAGAUACGGCAGCUUAAGCCUGCCACUUACGGAUCUCUUCCGCCUCACACGCGCCGUCUUCACGGCUGAGAAUUUCGUUGGCGGAUAUUCGCGUUCCAUAGCCAAGAGAACAGUUGGAUUCGACACCAUCUACUUAGUCCAACAUUCGCGAGGUGGCUGCGGUGAACCCAGUUGUCCACGAGACAACGUGAAACCAAGUUUUUUGGGCAUUGUGAUGCAAGCACUCCAACAGCUACACGCCACUAAAGAAGUCGACCUAAUCUACGCCUUUACUGGACUCGAUUCACUCGAGAGUCUGAAAAUACGCAUCCCCAAGAUCGAGAUUGACUACACAUUGCCCGUUCGCACUGUUUGGAUAAAUGCCGCUAGAUCUAUAAUCCAGAGCUCAAGCUCACUGGAUAUCUUUGCCACCGCAAGGGGCGACGCAACGUGCAAAUAUGAUAUACCAUCAUGGGUUCCAGACCUUUUGAAAUGCUAUCCAUACGGGCGGCCAAUCACAGCACCGGACUUCAUCAGUGCAUUUAACGCCUCAGGAAAUUUCUCCCAUGCAUGGGAGGAAGCAGAUGAUAUUGAUACCCUUAUUGUUAAGGGAAAGGUUAUUGGCACAAUAAAGUGGUUUUCUCCCUUGAAUUUCGAACUUGAAGAUUUCAGAAAGGAGCUCCAGGGGGUAAAAAAUGUGCUUCAAUAUGAAGCACACGCUGCAAAGGUUACACAGCACAUUAACAUCCAUACGGGUACUGGGAGAUCCCAUGAACUACUCGGUGACCGCAAGAAAAUACUCCGUACCAUUCUUGCUGACGGGGCAUUCAGCAAUGACCAGCCCCUAAAGUAUGACAUGAACGAAAUCAUCCAGGUGUAUGAGGAGGAAGACAAGAUCCAGAAGCGAACUAAUAAUGCCAGUGCGUUCGGCGACAAGCAGUAUGAAAUCCUGGAGGAAUUACGCGAGUGGGCACUUAUUGCGCAACAAAAAAGGCUAUUUCUUUCUGACGGAUAUGACGUGGGUCUCGUUCCCAAGACGGCGAAGAUAGGCGACUUGAUAUGUUUAUUGCAUGGGUCAAAAGUCCCCUGCAUUUUGAGACAGACUGCGGAUAGUAAGGAGAGGUAUCGGAUCAUCUCGCAAUGUUACUUAGAUGGAAAAAUGAACUACGAGGGAUCCCCUGAGAGGAGAGAAUUUCUGGGAAAGGAUCCAACGACGUUUUUGCUGGUGUGA